AUGGAGAAGACAGACGCCAAAGACCAGUCCUCUCAGGGGGAUGAAGAGAAAGACCCUCCAAAGAGCCACCCCUACUCCGUGGAGACCCCAUAUGGCUUCCAUUUAGACCUGGACUUCCUCAAGUAUGUGGAUGACAUCGAGAAGGGAAACACCAUCAAAAGGAUUCCUAUCCACAGACGGGCCAAGCAGGCGAAGUUUAGCACUUUGCCCCGAAACUUCAGCCUUCCCGACAGCGGCGCUCGCCCCCACGCUGCUCUUUCCCACCCGAACUGGCCCCCAGUGGUGCCAAGUAAGGUGUCGCUCGGGACAGAGGCGCGAGGCCAGCCACUGCCGCUCGGUGAUCACCCCCAAGCCGCUGGCGGGAGCGAGGCGAGCUACCACCGGAAGGCCCUGCUGACGGAGACCGCCAGACAGCUGGAGGCUGAGGUCGCCCCCGGGAGUGGACGGCCCCAGCUCUUGAGAGCAUCCAGCAUGCCGGCCACGCUGCUGCAGAACAGGGCCUCAGAGGACCCAAGCCUAGACUCAGGGCCCCCUACCCCGCCCGCUCUCCCCCCACUUCAGGGCGAAGGCGGUGUCUGUGAUGGCGCCUUUGGUCCUGCGGAAGGAUUUGCAGGUUUUUCCAACUCCACCCAGGGAGCAGCGGCCCAACUAGAAGUCAGAGAGUCUGGAGACCUGGUGCCAGGAAUACCGGAGCUGAUCCUGAAGGGGCCUGAGCCUCCAGAGGGUGAAGAAGCAGCUGCAAAUCACCUCCCUUUCUCAAGUCCUCCUUUCUCAUCACUUGUAGUUCUAGAGGAUGCAGAAGACCAACAGGAAAGCAGACAAGCCGAGGUGGCCGUCACGACCCCCGGUUCCCCAACACCAAGCCCCCCACCUCUGCCAUCACCCGUCCCUGAGAAUGAGCUCCCCCUAGAAGAAAUUGAGCUCAACAUCGUCGAGAUCCCACCGCCGCCACCUGUAGAAGUAGACGUGAGAAGCAUCGGUAUCCGGGUCACGGAGGAAAGCCUGGGCCUUACCUCCGUGGAUCCUGGCAGCAUCUCCAGCCUGAAGCAGCAGCUCUCGGGCCUUGAGGGCGAGUUGUCUGGAAGAACUGAGGAACUAGCCCAAGUCAGAGCUGCCCUCCAGCGGCAGGAGGAGGAAAUCAAGGCUAGGGGGCAGAGGAUUCGAGAGCUAGAGUGCACUGUAGCUCAACUGACAGAAAAGCUUAGCCACGAGAACACCAAAGAUGCUCAGGGCCAGACUGAUGCCAUGGUCAACACUGACCCUCUGCACGGACUCUUGACCAGGGAGUCGUGUGACAAGAGCAUUGGGGUCAACCUUACGGGCAGCACAAGAUCUGAAAGCUGGGGGGCCUGGGGAAAGGGGAAUGGCGUCCUGUGGAGGCAGGAGAGUCACAAAUGGGGGGAUCGGAGCCCAGCAGAAUUUGUGUCACCAUCCCAGCUGUCACUGCCACAGGGAUCCAAGAUGGUCCUCACCCCCUCUCUACAUAGCUGCCUCUCCACUGAGCUCAGGAUCGAAGAAGGAUGCUCUGACCAGGAGGGAGGCCAUCAGGUGGGAGCCGAGGGUCCAGUCAGGGGAGCAAGAGGCUCUCCAAGGAGCAGCGAGAGAAAGGCUCCCCCAGCAGGGAGGAAGGAGGCCGGUUCAGAGCUCCCGGGGAAGGAGCGCCCAGGAAGGCCACCGAGCUCGCCCACCACCGAUGCCACUAUCGGGCAGUACGUUAAGAAGAUCCAGGAGCUCCUGCAGGAGCAGUGGAGCUGCCUGGAGCAUGGGUACCCGGAGCUGGCCCAUGCCAUCAAGCAGCCCGCCUCCAAGCUCAGCAGCAUUCAGAGCCAGCUGCAGAGCUCCCUCAACCUGCUGCUGUCCGCCUACUCGGCCCACGCUGCACCCCAGAGGGAGCCCCCGGGCCCCUCUUCCUCCCCGCCGACGGAGAUCUCCCCGUCGACCAGCCUUAAAUCCAUAAUGAAAAAGAAAGACUAUGGCUUCCGUGCAGGAGGUAAUGGGACCAAAAAGAACCUUCAGUUUGUUGGGGUUAACGGUGGCUAUGAGACCACCUCGAGUGAGGAGACCAGCAGUGAGGACACCUCCCCAGAAGAUUUGUCUGACAGCGAGGCCGAGAAGAAAUGUGAUGGCCCAGAAUCUAGGCGGGGCAAGGAUGCCCACCUCAGCUACAAGGCGGGGCAGGGCAUUCCCGAGGGCACUCGUGACACAGACCAGCAAAGCGGGCCUGGGGAAGAGCUUCCCCGUCCCAAGGCUGAGAGAUAUAAACCCUCAGAGGAAUUCCUUAAUGCAUGCCGGGCAUUGACCCAACAUCUGCCAGAAACCGGGACGACCACUGACCAGCUCUUGAAGCAGAGCUUAAAUACCAUCAGUCAAGAGUGGUUCCGGGUCUCCAGCCGGAAGUCAUCCAGCCCUGCUGUGGUGGCCACCUACCUCCGCGGGGUCCAGCCUCACUCCCCACACUUGCUAAAGCUGCUUGUCAACCUGGCUGAUGGCAAUGGCAACACAGCUCUUCACUACAGCGUAUCCCACUCCAGCUUCUCCAUCGUGAGGCUGCUGCUGGAAACAGGCGUCUGCAACGUGGACCAUCAGAACAAAGCUGGCUACACCGCCGUGAUGAUCACUCCCCUGGCUUCUGCAGAGACCGAUGAAGACAUGGCUGUUGUCUGGAAACUCUUACGAGAAGGAGAUGUGAACAUCCAAGCUACUCAGGGAGGCCAGACUGCGCUGAUGCUGGGAGUCAGCCACGACCGGGAGGACAUGGUCCAAGCGCUACUGAGCUGCCAGGCAGAUGUCAACCUCCAGGACCAUGAUGGAUCGUCAGCCCUUAUGCUGGCCUGUCGCCAUGGCAACGUCGACAUGGUCCGGCUGCUCCUGGCACACCCGGCCUGUGACAGCAGCCUGACUGACAAGGCUGGCCGAACGGCUUUGUCCAUCGUUCUGAAAUCGCCCGCCCAUGUGGAAAUUGCAGGGCUGCUACGGGCCCACGCGAAGCAGGGCAGGUCCCUUGGACCGUAG